AUGGCGUCCCACACCCACGUGUGUAGGCUCUUCCGGCCACAGGGAUACACGUGCCUGGGCGCCACUAGCCCUUCGCGGCCCCUGACCGCCCCAGGCGCCCGGUACGGAGCACUCCCUGCUCAGGGACGCCGCACCCUCACGCGGCGACACGCGCUCACGGGACCUCGCGCAGCCCAGGUCGAGGCCGAGGUCAGCGUCACGGCGCCACCACCUGCCCCACGGACGGCGAACGGCGGCGCGCCACGACCGCGGUCGCUGCCGUGGCAACGCGCAGGGUCCCCGGCGCGCAAGCUGUCCCCCGCGGGGCGCAAGGACGCGCCCGCACCGGCCCGCAAGCAACCUCCCGGCCCGCCGGACGUCGCCGCGCCGCGGUUCGUCCAGCGCCGGCUGUCGGUGACGCCGAUGCGACCACAGCGGCCGCAGGUGCAGCAGCAGGGGCCGAAGGACGGCGCGCAGGACCGCCACCGGCUCGACGAGCAGGAGCUGGAGAAGCGGGAGAACCUCAAGCAGGCCCUCGAGAAGCUGCGCGGCGCGGGGGGGCGCAUUGGCCUGGGCAGCGGCGCCGCCGAAGGCGUGCGCGUCAACCGCCCCGCCAACGGCCACGACCGGCGGAAAAAGAAGCCCCCCGCGCACGCGAAGCGCUCCGUCGCGGCGACGCACACCGGCGGCAAGCCGCGCCCCGCCGCGGUGCGGCAGCGUGCGCACAAACACGCGCGCCCCGCCGCGCCGGACGACGUCGAGCUCAGCGAGAUGCUCUCGAGCACGCGGUCGUGGAAGCGCGCCGCGGAGUACCUGGCGAUGUCGGCUGAGGGCCGCCUCAUGGGCCCGGAGGAGUGGCGCGCCCUCAAGGCACUGCACGGGCUCGAGGAGGAGUGGCGGCCGGCGGUGUCGAUGCUGUGGCGGGAGGGGUUCGACGAGAAGGACCUGGAGAAGCUCCUGGAGUCCCGGCCGCAGCUGUUCUCGUUCCGCGCGUCGCUGCUGAAGUCCCGCCUGGGCCACCUGCGCAGCGACCUGGGCUUGACCGCGGACGAGGCGCGGCGCGCGGUGCUCAAGUUCCCGCGGAUCCUCGAGUACCGCCCCGCGCACACGAUCGAGCCGCGGCUGCGGUUCCUGGAGGCGCAGGGGGUGUCUGCGGGGGGUUUCGUCAAGAUACUGCUGCGCGCGCCGCAGGUGCUGGAGCUGUCGGUCGAGAACACGCUCGCGCCGCGCGUGCAGUACCUGCGCGACCUCGGGCUCACGCGCGCGCAGCUCGGCAAGGUCCUCGCGCGGGACCCCGUGGUCCUGACGUACACGGUGGAGUCGAUGCAGAACCGGGUGGACUUUUUGAGGGGGGGUGUCGGGCUGACGGAGGCGCAGGUCGCCGAGACGAUCCACAAGCACGCGCAGGUCCUGCACUACCGCGUCAACGCGAUGGACUCGCGCCGGCAGUUCCUCUCCGCGCUGGGGCUCUCGAGCGCCGACGUCGCCGCCGUUGCCACGCGCCUGCCACAAAUCUUCUCCCUCGACAUCGAAUCCAACCUGCGACCAAAGGUGGAGUACAUCACUGGCGCGAUGGGGUGCUCUUUGGACAUAAUUGUGGCGUUCCCUGGUAUUUUAUCGCUGUCGCUGGUGCAGCGGAUCGUGCCCCGCCACCGCUAUUUGCGCAAGAGGGGCAUCGAGCUGCCCAGCAAGCUGUCGACGUUUGGCAACUGGCUCAAGUGCACCGACAAACAGUUCGCCGCCAAGGCCGGCGGGACCUUCGAGGAGUUCAUGGCCUUCAGGAACGCAGUCGUCGCGGAACAGCUCUCGUCGCAGCUCUGA